UAAAGAUCGGGGUGAUAUUUAAUUCAUAUGUGAAGUGUAUAUUCGAAUUUUUGGGUACAAAAUGCUGAUGCGGUUAUUUCAAAGACCAAACUGCCUGCUUAAUCGCAGGAAUCGAUAUCAGCUGCUAACCACGCUGCUGAUUAAUGUCAUAUCCAUAUCACACGGCAUCGGCAUCGGAUGGCUAUCGCCCAUCCUGAGGAAGCUGCAGUCCGACUCACCCGUGGGCUUCGAGGUGAAGUCCGAGUUCGAGAUCUCCUGGGUGGGCUCCAUGCUGGGCAUGGGCUCGGUGACUGGCAAUAUUCUGAUUGGUUGCCUGCUCGGGCGCCUGGGCAGCAAGAGGUGUCUGCUGUUAAUUGCCAUUCCACAUUCGUGCCUUUGGAUCCUGGUCUACUUUGCCCAGAGUGUGGAGUACCUGUACGUGGGCAGACUUUUGGCUGGCAUCUGUGGCGGCGGCAUGUACAUUGUUCAUCCCAUUUUCCUCAGUGAAAUCGCAGAUGCCAACAUCAGAGGCACCUUCUCUGCCAUGGUCAUGUUAUCGGUCAAUGUUGGCGUUCUUGUGGGCUACAUCAUGGGCACCCACUUGCCGUACUACUCGAUACCCUUUAUGGUGCUGAUACUGCCCGUGUGCUACCUUGUUUCUGUGUUGCUCUUCAUAAAGGAGUCGCCCAUGCAUCUCAUAAGGAUUGGCAAAUACUCCGCCGCCGAGAGAUCAUUCCGCUACUACAAGAACAUCAAGGACUCUGACAAUAUUCACCACCAGAAUAGGGCUAUGGAGGAGUUCGAGAUCAUGAAGAUAGCACUGACCAAAGGCGAUCCACUGCAGGAUGCCAUCACCUUUAAGGACUUUUGCACUCGACCUGCUCUAAAGGCCUAUGGACCCGCUCUGGUGCUUAUGAUUGCCAAUCAGUUCAGUGGUCUUUUCACCAUGGUCAACUACAUGUCGGAUAUAUUCGCCAAUUCGGGCAGCACAAUGGAUCCCGAUACGUGCAGCAUCAUCAUUGGAGCCGUCCAAAUCCUGGGCACCUAUGUGACCACCUUGCUGUGCGACAUCUGUGGCCGAAAGCUCCUCAUGCUGGUCUCCACGGCCGGAGUGGCCAUUAGUCUGGCGACCUUUGGAUGCUUCACCAAAUAUGCCGAGACUCACGAUGUGGGUGAGUACAGCUGGGUGCCCCUGCUCCUCAUGUCGAUGGACAUUUUUCUGGGCAACAUCGGCCUGGUGGGAUGCUUCUUUGUCAGCCUCGUGGAAAUGUUCCCUGUCAAGAUUCGUGCUAAGGCCACCUCAAUGGCAAUUGUGGUUUGCAGCAGCUUUGUGUUCGUCAUGCUGAACAUAUUCCCGAUCUGCAUGAAGCAGUGGGGCAUAUCGGCCACCAUGUGGUCCUGUGCAGGUGUCACGGCAUUAAGUUUCCUGUAUUUUACGUUCUUCAUGAAGGAAACGAAGGGAAAAUCCAUGCUGGAUGACUGAACACGUGUGUCAAAAUAAUGAAUGAAAUG